GAGUAUUUAAUUUCGACUUUGCAUCGAAAAAUCAUUAUUUCAAGCCUCAGUCUCUGAUUUCGAUAUGAAUUUUCGAAAUUAAUUUAAACCGAAAGGAAAGUCAUAUGAUGUCGGCCUCGCUUUGAAAUAAAUAUGCCAUUGUAGCUUCUAAGGUUACCGCAUUUUUGUACAUCAAUGGAUAUAGCUAAUAAGUAAUGAAAUCAUAUCUAAAAAAAAGGAUUUUUUAAAUCAAUUUAAGAUUAGUAACAGUUGGAUGAAGUCAGGAAGUUAUUUAACUGUACAGAGAUUCAGCUAACAGGUCAGCUUGUUUACGGAUAGCAAUGUCAAACAACGAUGACGCCAGUGAAUGUCAAUCGUUGUCAACGGAUGCUUUACCUAUGGCGCCUAGACAGUUGCCUGAAGACAGCAGUCAACCUAUACCACCCAGAGCAAAUGAAGAAAACCAAGAUGAACCAUCAAGUACAGAACAUCUUCAACAGCCAACACAAUCACCUUUCAAUCUACCAAACCCUCCAACUGAUUGGAAUUUUAAUAUUUUCCUAAACAAAAUAGCAGAAAGUUUAACAAUGGAAGAUCUUGUGAAUAUGAAAUGGUUCUUUGAAGGCGAAGGCGGUCUAGGGAAAGGGGUUCUUGAGAAAAUUAAGACGCCCCAAGAUCUAUUUCGAAUAUUGAGAACAAGAGGUUACAUUACUCGAGAUAACUUGUUAUACCUUCAAGGAAUUUUGUACCAGGCAGGAAGAAAAGACCUAAUACAGGACGGGGUCGAAUAUGCAAAAUCAUUGGGCAAUGUAGUGCAUUUCUAUGCUCCAACAUAUUUACCAGAGAAUGGUUACAAACAUGUCAAAUUUCACGUUGACGGUAUGGAUUUCCAAAACUACUCUAGAGACGAUGUAGAAAACCUUCGUCGUAAGGUGUCUGCUAUCCUGUUUGUGCCACAACAAUUUGUUUUUAUAUGUGGCAUUGAACCGUCUUCUAGUUUGGUCAUUACACUGAUGAUCCCGGACCUGAAUGUAGAGAUUCUUAAAGAGAUGCUGGAGAAAGGUGAUGUUUUAUCAGCUCUGCAUGGAACUGGUGUUGAUUUGAUUGACUUAGGCGGACAGAAACCCUACACUAUCAAAAGUACUGGUGAUACCAAUACAGUUGAAAGCGAGCAGGAAAUGAAGUUAGUCAAUGUUUAUGGGCAACUUCAGCAGACAAAAGAACGCCUUGAUACAAGCGAAAUGACAUGUAUUGAUUUGUAUAGGCAAAUUGAUGAUAUGCAACAAACAAUAGACAAGACCGCCGAAAAUCUUCGCACAAUGGAGAACGAAAUAUUUGGUCUGAAAAAAGUAUUAUCAGUGUCAGCAGAUGGAAAAGAGCCAGCUUCACUCAAUGAACUAAGCAGCCUGACAGAGUUUACGGAGUCCCUUCACCACUGUACCAUGCUAACCAUAGACAGGAAAGUAGUGCAACGUAUGAUAGAUGCCACUGUCAAUAUCGUUUCAAGCAGAAUGCGAAAAAGUCAUAGAAUACGGGAACAAAGUUUUAUACUAAGUUUGCAAGAUAUGGAGUCACAGGUUGUGCCACUGAAGUUCGAGAUUGAGAGAUUUAAGUUCCUUGACAGUCUAAGCAACAUUGAUAAGUCAGUUCUAGAUAAAAUACAAGAAAUGUUUCAACCAGUCAUAGGUCAGGUAGUUCAAAUUUCCUUAACACCAAUUGGAGCGCAGAUGGUGACAAAGAUCAGUAGUAAGCUACGCCAUAAAGAGAAAGAAAAGUUAAAACUGAAAUACCAAUGGAUACCGAAUGGUGAUAUCGAGAUGUUUAUGGAGCAGAAUCCGAACUUAUUCCUAGCAGGAAUAUUUUACAAGGAAAUGGCCACAAAGAAAAUGAAUAUUAAUUUUGAAACCUUCUUAGCACAAUGUCUUUCCGAAGUGGGGAGAGAAGAUUUGAAAAAGUAUUUGGAGCCGAAACAUUAUCAAAGUCCUCAAAGUGCUAAAAACUCCACAGAACCUAACCAGAAACCAGACGCUGAUGCACAAUGGCGAACAUAUCCUCAACAAGGACAGAGGCAGCAUCAAGGUCAACAGCAGCAACCGCAGCAGCAACAACAUCAGCAGGAGCAACAACAGCAUAUAUCCAUACUCAUCAACCGAAUGUCACAACAGAUAGAUGAAAUGUACAAUAUGCUUCAGACAAGUCAGAAAAUGUAUGGAUCCAAAUUUGAUGAUUGGAAAACCCCAUCAUUUGCAUCUAAUUUUUUCCAACAGCAACGGACCGUUUAAUGUUUGAGUAUCUGGCAAUUAUACUAUUACUUAACUAGAUAUCACACAACAUUAUGUUUGAAAUUUAUCAACAUUUAUUGGCAUAUUUUCUUAAGCUAUUUUAUACGAAAAGAUUCCGGUUUCAUUUUUUUGCUCAAAUAUUACAAUAUUCCUGAUGAUUAAUACUAAGAACCUCUUGACAACUUGACAAAAGGCACAGAAGCAAACAAAGGUAAUCCUUGCAAAACGAAAUGAAGAUACCUCAAUGUAGUGAAUAGAAGGUCGCUUUUCAUUUCGUUUUGAAAGGAUUACCUUUGCUUGCUUCGGUGCCUUUGUCACAUGUAUUUUCUUAUUAUGUGCUACAAUGACACAUGAUUGUGUUAUCCUGUUACAAGGCGUUUACAAUAGAACAUUAUCAUGAUCUCCAUGUGGUGAUUGGGGACCAGAAAUACCCACUACUUCACGAAAAGCCCUACGCGCAAAUCGCAGAUGCCACAGAUCCCAACAUUUUCAGGCAUUUGAAUAACAAUAAAAGAACAGAGGACAGUAUUUAAAUGUGAAUGUAGUUUUGAACGGGAAAGAAGAUGUUUAUGUUUGCUGAUGCCGCAUCACCUAAAAGAAGUGUGCAUAAAUGAUCAGUUGUAAUAUUUCGUAGAUUGUCAAGAAGUUCAGCACGUUCUAUACCAAAGCGUGGAUAUUUGAAGAAGAAAUGCCAUAAGUUUUCAAUUUGACCACAUUCACAGUGGACUAUUUAUAAUGUUCUUUGAAUAUAAAUUCUCCUAAAUGAACUGCGCCUUCCUCAGAGCAUGAACAUGAUUUACAUAUACUAAAGAAUAUAUCAUCAGAUGAAUUGCAUGACAUAAAUUACAUACCUUAUAUCAUAACGUAAAUGUAAAUGAAUUAGAUUUAUCUAUUUUUAAGUAGAAGCGGCGUCUGUUGUAUUUUGACACCCUAUAAAUUUUACGUACAUUUUUAGUUUAGAGAGAGCUAAAAUAUAUUUAAUAUUUAUAUGCAAUAAAAGGCACAUGGUUGUCUUACACUCUCAUAUUUUGAAUAUUUAAAAAGAUUCCAGUAUUGGUUUAUUAUUUUGCCAAUUAUCUAAGUUAAAAAGCGUCUUUCAUUGUGAAAGAAGGCACUUUUUAAAAAAUCAUUUAAAAUAUUUGCAGGCUUCAAAAUACCAACUGAAUUUUGCCAAUUUCUUUCUAAAAACAUCAUCAUUAUUCUGAAGUCAUUCUCCUAAAGCGAUUAGCUUGACUGAAAGGGAUAUCCAUUUUGCAAGAAAUAGGGUGACAUAUAAAAUUUCUAUACACUGAUAUAUAAAAUGUAAUUGUUUCUUUAGAGAAACGAUAUGCUAAUUUCAUAAAGUCAUGAACAUUAUUUAUUUAGAUUCCAGAUGAAAAAAAGUCAUCUUGAAAUCGCAACCGGAUAAGUGUUUUCUUUUAUCUCAGGAGUCCAUAAAUUCUCUUUCGAGUUUAUCCAUAAAUAGAGAAUAUAAAUAUAAAAACAAGGAGCCAUUUUAGUACCUGUUAUUUUAAGGUUAUUUGUUCCAUUAAAUUGAAAGCAGAUUUUGUUAAAAGCUAAAUCUAUGAUCAUAGUAGAAAAAGAAAAAAAAUAUAACCCUGUGAUCUACUAAUAUUUCCCAUAGAGUAUUUAGAACCAUUGAUACACUCGUCAUAUGAGGAAUAUUACUUUAUAAAAAUGUUGAAUCAAAGGUCACAAGGUAAGAGGUAUGCAUCCUUAUCUCUGUACUCGAGAAACUUUUUGAGUCUUUUACAUAUGAUUGCAAUGAUUUCAAGAAUGACGACAUAUUUUCAGUUAGAGCUCCGCUACCUGAUUUAUUCGGUCUACCUGGAUAAGGAAGGAGUGUAUCAGGAUUAAAUGUUUAAUGAAUCCUAGGUAACAAAUAAACUGUGUAAAACUAUGGCACUCUGUAUUUGAUUGAUACAGCGCUUCAGCGUUGAUUCUCUCAUGCCCCAACACUAGUUUUUUAGCAGAUGGUCAGCGGGUCCACUGGAUUUGAAAUUUAGGUGGUUCUUCUGGAAGUCAGCCGGUCCAUUCGUUUUCAUAUUCUUUACAUAAUUAAAUAUAAAACACUUAAGAUUUGGAAGAAUGGCUCUUUACAUUGGUGUCAGAGAGAUCUUAUUAACAGCCAAAGAGAACAGUUAUUCUUUAAAAAAAAUCUUCUUAUAUAAAACUUACGAAAGAAAGCCUGUUAGGUUUCUAUUGUUAAAAUAUUAUGUAUCUCUAUAUAUAUUGUAAUUAAAAAUACAUAACAGGGAUCUUCUUCGGGUAAAAUAAUAUGUUGAAGUGACUUCUCCCUCAACUUAUGUAAGGGAAUAGUGAAUAUAUUUUGUCUCUGUCUUAUUUCUUAUUGUUAUACAAAUAUUCAUAGCCGUACAUAUUAUAAUUAUAAAUAUUUAUUAUAGACUAUAAUCUUUAAUAAAAUUCAUAAGUUACAUUAUUUUUGUAUUUGAAAACAUGGAAAUAUUGACUACAGAUAAACAACAUAAUACAUU